AUGGCGUCCGGGUUCUCGCCGGCACCGCGCAAAGAGGGAACAUGGACUAAAUUGGUUAUUUUUGCGGCUAUAUACUGCCUGAUCCUGGAAUCGAUUCUUCAGAUGGUAAUGGUGCUUUAUCUCUACGGCAAUGCAACGGUUGAUUCAAAGAUGACUACAAGCCUGAUAUUGGCUUUGGUCUCGUCGAUUCUUUCGAUCCCAUUGAUCUCGCUCCAGAGCCUGGUUGCAUGGCAAUACAACAACAUCGGGGGAUUUGGAGAACAGAAAACAGUUCUACAUAAUGUUUGCACCUACGUUCUGAGAUUGGACCUUAUGAUGUGGCUCGCAGCCAGUGUCUCUGGUCUGAUAGUCGCCGCUCAACAAGUGUACUGUCUACCUGAAGGAACACACGCUACAUUCUGGCGGGUAGGUGCCAGCUGUGCAUUUCAUCGAGCUACAGUUAUUGUCUCUGUCGUAUCAUUAGUCACAGUGUGCACCAUGUAUUGCGCGAGGGAACUAUGCGAUCGACCCUACGACGUUUCAAUUAUUGGAAUCUACCGACGCCAACUGUCAGUUAAAAACGGCAGCAUCCUCUCUGGUAAUAGCUGGGAUAGUGACGAAACCCUCAGAAACGAGAUUCUGAAUCUUUGUCGCCAACACGAUGGAAAAGCCGGGGGAGAGCCAUGGUCUGUGGAUCCGCUGGCCAACAAAGUCAGAUGUCAUCCUAGUAUCCGACACGCAGCUCCUGUCCGUCUGCGGCCACAGCUCCGAGUCAACACUGACCCUGGCUCAGAAUAUGGUGACAUUACUUCGGGUACGACUGUAUCGCCAGAUGAUACCUUGCGUACCUCUCCAGGCGCACAAACACUGAACAGUGAUUUCUUCCCUAUCUCGCGGACAUCCACAGUCAUGACAUCCCAGACUACCAGCGAAUCACGGAAUCUUCUCUUGGACUUCCAUGUGCCUAAAGUACCAAACAUCCCAAAGCAGUUUACAAAUCAUAGAAGGGGAAAAUCAUCUCUGUCCUCCUUGAAGCGCUUCUUCCCAAAGACCUUCGGGAUUUCAAUUCCCUUGUCAUCAGAUCCUCAGAUCCGAGCCUUGGCAGAUCCAGACGCUGCAUCGGAUGUCGAGAAGCAAGUUGUGACACCGUCAACCAGAAGUGAUCAUCCAGAGGCUCCUCCAUCCAGCGAAGUCACACAGUUGGCCAACGACAUCAGCAAAUCACCAACCACAAAACCAGAAGGCCACACUCGAACAAUGACAAUGAACUCCGCCGACGCCCCGGAAGUGGUAGUUCAAAAGCCCGAGCCUGUCAAAGUUCGUCGCUCUCAAACAGCCACAGCAAGCUUCGCACCAAACCAAAUCUCCAUUCACCAUCCCCACCACCCAAACUAUACCCCACCACCAAUGCCAUCCCAAACAAAUAUCCGGAAAUACUCCCAAUCCUGCAGACAAAAUUCCGCCUUCCAUCCCCUCCAUGUCGACCCCGUCAGACGCAGCGGCUCUCGCAAGACAAAUGGCAUGCAUCAUCCCCAUCCUGUCCGCAGCACAACCUACCAAUUCGAUCAGCCCCUUCCCCGCCACACCCAAAGCCAGUACCACCCCCAAUUUAUUGCACCACCAGCUCGCUGGGCUAGCCUCCAUACUUUUGACCCCAAUCGCAUGAUGGCCGUCCCGCGCAGGAAUGACGUCGAGGUUAUUUACCCCAGUACUCGCCGGCCGCGAAGCAGUACACAUGGUGGAGCGAGUGCGCCAUUGAGUUGUAUCCUUGAGUCGAGUUCUACGCCACGUGUUUCGGUUGAUGAUAUGCGGAUGGCUGCUAAGAAGUCUGAGCAGUCACGGAAUGUGAUUGAUGGGAUGACCUAUAGGGGUGCUAAUCGGACUAGUUUGAGCUUUUACUAG